UGGCCUGUUUCGUUUCACGCAGGCGCAACGAAACAGUCUUCCUGCCACGAUAACCACGAGGGUUCGCAUAUGUUUUGAUUCAAACUCGACCUAAACAUUGCCAAAAUUAUCCUGUUUUGACGCAAACUCAAAGGUGUGCCGAAUGCUGGACUUGAAGGCGCUCGACUCGAUUUUGGCCGACCAGAGCUACCUGUCCGGCGCCUGUCCAGGCCAAACGGACAGUUUGACCUUCGAUCAACUGUCCAAUAAGUGUCCGUCAGACCAGUUUCCGCACCUUAAGCGUUGGUUUCGACACAUCGCCAGUUUCUCUGUUGGCGAACGGCUUUCUUUUCCAGGCUCUAAUUGCUCUAACAGUAAAAAUAACAAGGCUGCAAAAAUGAGUCUCAGUUGGGAGGAACGCAAAAAGCUGAUUGGCCGAAAUCUGCAAGAGAUUUUGGGCGAGGACAAAAUGACCGAAAUUCUGAAGAAUCCGGACAAGGAGUUCAGCAUCUACUGGGGCACGGCCACCACUGGUAAACCGCACAUCGCCUAUUUUGUGCCUAUGUCCAAAAUUGCCGAUUUUCUCCGAGCCGACUGCAGAGUAACAAUUUUGUUUGCCGAUCUGCACGCUUAUCUGGACAACAUGAAAGCGCCCUGGGACCUGCUGCAACGCAGGACUGACUAUUACGAGCAUGUGAUUAAGGAAAUGCUCAAGUCCAUUGACGUUCCCCUGGAAAAGCUCAAAUUCGUCCGAGGAACUGAUUACCAGCUUUCAAAAGAGUACACGCUGGAUGUGUACAGACUGAGCUCGGUAAUUACUGAGCACGAUGCCAAGAAAGCUGGAGCUGAAGUUGUGAAGCAAGUUGACCAUCCACUGCUCUCGGGAUUACUCUACCCAGGUUUGCAAGCUUUAGAUGAGGAAUAUUUGAAGGUGGAUGCCCAAUUCGGUGGUGUUGACCAGCGCAAGAUCUUCACCUUUUCUGAAAAGUAUCUGCCCCAACUUGGAUACCAGAAAAGAAUUCACCUUAUGAAUCCCAUGGUUCCGGGUUUGGCUGGUGGAAAAAUGAGCUCGUCCGAGGAGGACAGCAAGAUUGACAUUUUGGACUCACCGGCCAACAUUAAGAAGAAGCUUAAGAAGGCUUUUUGCGAGCCGGGCAACAUUGCCGACAACGGAGUUCUGUCCUUUGUCAAACACGUCCUUUUCUCCAUCUACAAACCUGGCCAGGGAUUUACAAUCACUCGAGCCCCAGAAAAUGGCGGAAGUGUCACCUUCAAUGACUACGAAAGCCUCGAAGCCACUUAUGCCAAGCAGGAGGUCCAUCCUGGAGAUCUGAAGGCUGCCGUCGAAGCUGAGCUCAACAAACUGCUCGACCCGAUUAGAAAGACCUUUGAAAGUCCUGAGCUGAAGAAACUUGUUGAGCAAGCCUAUCCUGCAGUUAGCAAAAAGGGAGGUGCUGCUGCCGCUGCUGGUGGAGAUGAAAUUGCACCUCAUAGGCUGGACAUACGAGUGGGAAAAAUUGUCGAAGUGUCUCGACACCCUGACGCAGAUGCCCUUUAUGUUGAGAAAAUUGAUGUUGGAGAUGCAGCUCCUCGUACAAUUGUGAGUGGCCUUGUUAAUUUUGUUCCCAUCGAAGAAAUGCAAGAGCGCAUGGUUGUCGUCCUCUGCAACCUGAAACCUGCUAAGAUGAGAGGGGUGGAGUCCUGUGGGAUGGUUUUGUGCGCCUCUGUUGAUGAGCCAAAAGCUGUUGAACCACUUGUGCCGCCAAAAGACUCCAAGCCUGGCGAUAAAGUCAGUGUCGAAGGUUACGAGGUUGGUGCAGCUGACGAAGUUCUCAACCCGAAAAAGAAAGUUUGGGAGAAGCUCCAGGUUGAUUUGAAAACGAAUGGAAAUUUGGAAGCUGUUUGGCAGGGCAACCCUUUAAUCACCAGACUGGGUAAGCUGACAUGCAAAUCACUGAAGAAUGCGCCAAUCAAAUGAAAGUGGAAUUACAUCAUGACUCAUGUACACUUAACUUAUUAAAGUGAUAACUUUUUUCUUAUUUUAACUAAAA